AUGGACAUACUUGAUAAGCCCGAACGGAUAUAUAAUGUAGACGAGAAAGGUUGCAGGUUAACACUUCACCACCAGCAAAAAGUUUUGGCGCAAAAAGGGGCUAGAAGAGUACAUGUUUUUGCAAACGAACAUGGAGAAAGUGUUACCAUUGUUUCUUGUGGUAAUGCUCUCGGUACAGCAAUCUCUCAAAUGGCACUUUUUAAGGGUAAACGUAGUAAGCCAGAAUGGGUUGACUCACUACCUCCAGGUGCUGUUGUUCAAAUGACUGCAAAAGACACUGAUAGUAGCAACUCUGACUUAUCCUUUAGUUUGCAUGAUUCUAGCAGUGAUAAAGUUAUUGAUUCAGAAGACGAUCACAGUGAUUUCUCAAACAUCCAAAAUACUUCAUUCACAAUUAUGCUCGAAUCACCUGAAAAUGCAGCAAUAAAGAACGAUAACAAAAAGCCUAGAAAACCAGCUAUCAACUGUAGAGCCCAAGUUGUUACUAAAGAUUUAUUCGGUAGAUGUAUUGGAAAAAGUGAUUCAGAAAAUAUUAAAGCUAAUACGCAUACUACAGAUGGUAAAAGAGUCUCGUCAUUGCUACGAAAAACCCAAUCAAAAAACAAAUUUAAGACCUUGCCUGCUAAGAAAAACGGAACAAAAAAACAAGAAUCUUGGUUCUGCAAAUUAUGCAAGGAAGACAGGAUGGUAAAUAUGAGACUGUGUAGCGUAUGUAGCACUUAUAUCCACGAAGAGUACAUGGGUCUCACAACUAAAGACAAAAUUGGUGCGUUCUUAUGCCCUGAUUGUGAAAAUUAA